AUAUAUUAUUGUCACCGGGAGUCGUGUGGGUCUGGAUUAAUAUUUGGUGUGCAUCAGUGGUAUAUUUGUGAAAAAGAUAACGUUAACACCGCAAUUCCCCCACGCACAGGUUAGUAUGUUCACCUGAGUAAGUGAUCUAGCGCGUAUUCGUGGACAGUCGAAGUGCAGUCGAGGUAUUCAGGCCAGAACGCGAACAUCCGGGCAUUCAGUUUCGUGAUAUGAAGACUGCAGAGCUGUGAUUGACGCUGGAGCUUCGGUAGAGAUCGACCUUUAACAGGAGGAGGAAUAACGUUAACCUUAUGCCAUCAGCUACUGGUGGAACUAAAGCUGCAGGGCUGUUGAAGGGAGGGGGUAUGCCCAGUAAUGAAGAAUGUGGAAUCCGCGAUGUAUGGGGGCACAACUUGGACGAAGAAUUCCGAACGAUUCGCCAAGUUGUGCAACAAUUUCAGUACGUCGCUAUGGAUACGGAAUUUCCUGGUGUUGUCGCUAGGCCCAUAGGUGAGUUCAGAACAAGUGCCGACUACCAAUAUCAAUUGUUGCGGUGCAACGUUGACCUUCUAAGGAUCAUACAACUCGGUCUCACGUUUCUGGACGAAUCUGGUAACACACCUGGUGGCAGUUAUACGACAUGGCAAUUCAACUUUAAAUUCAAUCUACAGGAAGACAUGUACGCGCAGGACAGUAUAGACAUGUUGCAAAACAGCGGUAUUCAAUUUAAGAAACACGAAGAGGAAGGUAUCGAUCCUCUAGAUUUCGCCGAGCUUCUUAUGACCUCGGGGAUAGUUCUUGUCGAUGAUAUUAAAUGGCUUUCUUUUCACUCUGGAUAUGACUUUGGAUAUUUACUGAAACUGCUCACUGAUCAAAAUUUACCUCAGGAAGAAAGCGAAUUCUUUGAACUUCUUAGGAUAUACUUUCCAACAGUUUAUGACGUCAAAUAUUUGAUGAAGUCGUGCAAGAACUUGAAAGGUGGCUUACAAGAAGUCGCCGAACAACUGGAACUGCAACGUGUUGGACCGCAACAUCAGGCAGGGUCAGAUUCGCUACUAACUGGCAUGGUAUUCUUCAAAAUGCGCGAGAUGUUUUUCGAGGACAAUAUCGACGAUGCGAAAUAUUGUGGACAUCUUUACGGCCUUGGUACGUCGUUCGUUGUCAACGGUUCUGGCGGUUAUCUAGACAGUAACGGAGACAAUUCAUCUUCCUCGUAAUAGAUUGUACUUCAUCGCAAUGAAAAUCUGGGUCCCGAUCAAGUACAGGCAAUCUAAUAUGUACGCUCUGCUAUACAUGUAAACAAUUCUGAAAAGUCUGCGAAAAAAGGCUAAGACCGACUCAUGUGACACCGUAUAUAAAUAUAUGUAGAUUUUUACACUGAAGCUACAAUUACAGGUAAAAAAUAUUGAAAAUUCAUUUCAAAAAUUGUAAAAAAAAUUCGUCGUCUCGAACGUAGGACGGGUUUGAUACAGGAACGGAAAUAAAACAAAGUGCUAUUUGUUAAACAUUGUUAUACAGACUGUUCAUAACAAUUUACAAGAUAAUAAUUAAAAAGAAAUUAUAAUUAAAAGGAAAAGUUUAUAGAUAUUUAAUAGUAAUGCAUAAGUGCUCACUCAUUCAUUCAUUGGUAGUUGGUGUCGUUGGCUCGUCCUAAAUAUUUAAUUGCUCAUUGUCAAUGCCAAUUUAUGUUUAAAAAAACGUUCAAUUUAAAAGAGAAAUUAUUAAUUUAACGCAUAUGUUAUGUUAUUGACGUCGUUUGGCGAAAAUUUUAAUUUCUUUUUGCUAGAUCCAUCAUGUAACCGAACGCCAACUGUAGCCUUGGUAUACCUACCUCAGGGUCUCCGCGUAAGACGCGGUUUUCGAUACAAGGUCGCAACACUAUAUGAAUUUUUGUUGAAAUGAAAAGAAAAAAAAACAAGAAAAGAGACUUACCACCGAAUUCUCUUU